AUGUCCGACAUCGAGAGGAGAUGGUUUGGAGAUCAAACAAACUGUCCUAAACUAGGAGCAAGCUCUCAUCAAAACAGUUUAGACUUCACAAGUUUCUGGGGCUUGUUUCUCAUCACAGGAACUGUUUCAUUGUUGGCUUUCUUCCUUUACUGGAUCACCUUCUUGUACAAGAACAGACAUCAAUUGAUGUCGAACAUGGCAUCACAGAGUUCUCUCCGGUGGCGUCUUCAGUCUAUCGGUCAGCUUUUCGAUCAGAGAGACUUAUCUUCUCAUACAUUUAGGAAUGCUGAAGUAAAGGAUGGAUCAAAGAGAAGUACUGAGGAUCAGUCUCCACAUUCUAGCCCUUUUAAUAACAAUUGUCCUCAAAGUCCAAUUAGUUUCUCUACAAGUCAAACAUUUGAAGAAGGAAAUGUUUCAACUGAGCUUGCAACUCCAAAUUCAGAAACACCACUGCAUGUAGUAGACAUUGCUGCUGCUACUGAUCAUUAG